AUGUUUCCCACAAAAAUUUUAUUUCUGAAAGGGGUUAUGCCCUCAUCUCUGUUUAGAUGUUAUUUAGGAACAGGCAAUAAAUUUACUUUUCUUCAGCAAAUUAAGUUUAUUUCAACAUCUUCAUUCAAGCCAAAUUUAUUUAUUUUGCGGAGGCCAAACAAUAAUUUUUUCAAAAUAAAUUUUCAACAAAAUAAUGCCUAUUUUUCUUCGUCUCCAAAACAACCUAGUUGGGUUCAACGAUUUUUAUCAAAAUUCGAAUCUGACUCAACAGCUGUUUAUUAUAUUUCAGGAAUUGCUGUAAUAAUGCUUGGAUUGUCUUUUGCGUUUAUUCCAUUUUUUCGUAUUCUUUGCGAAACGACUUCUUUUAAUGGGGUUGCACAAAUAGCUAGAAAUCUUAAUAAAAUUGCUACUAUGGAAAAAGUGGAUGAUUGUCUAAUUCGUGUCCAAUUUAAUGCUGAUGUCCCCUCUUCAAUGCAAUGGAAAUUUAAACCACUUCAAGAUGAAAUUUAUGUUAGUCCGGGAGAGACGGCACUUGCAUUCUUUACUGCCUAUAAUCCAACAAAUAAGCCAAUUGUUGGAAUUAGUACAUACAAUUUAUCACCGUUCCAGGCUGCAUAUUAUUUUAAUAAGAUUCAAUGUUUUUGUUUUGAUGAACAAAUCCUCAAUCCCGGAGAGGAAGUUGAUUUGCCAGUGUUUUUCUACAUUGAUCCAGAUUUUGUCAACGAUCCUUUGUUGGAGGAUGUUACCAAUUUAUUGCUAUCAUACACAUUCUUUGAAUCCGGAUCCGAUUUAAAACUUCCUUCGCCGUUUGAUCCGAAUAAUCGACCGUUAAAUAAAUCUCUUCAAAAGUUUGAGGAAAAAGAGAAAAAGACAGGAUCUUUAUUGGAAUCAGUUAAUGCUAUUGCCUAG